UACCCGGCGUGCCCCGCGGUCGCAGUCGCUGACGUGGCCGCCGUCAGAGCCGCCAUCUUGUGGGAGCGAAACCAACGCCUGGCUCGCAGCAGCUGCCGCCGAGGUGUCCCUGGCCAGUGUCCUGCCGCCUGUCCACAAACAUGGGGAACAUCUUCGCCAACCUCUUCAAGGGCCUUUUUGGCAAAAAAGAAAUGCGCAUCCUCAUGGUGGGCCUAGAUGCCGCGGGGAAGACAACGAUUCUCUACAAGCUGAAGCUGGGUGAGAUCGUGACCACCAUCCCCACCAUAGGCUUCAAUGUGGAGACCGUGGAAUACAAGAACAUCAGCUUCACUGUGUGGGACGUGGGCGGCCAGGACAAGAUCCGGCCUCUGUGGCGUCACUACUUCCAGAACACACAAGGUCUGAUCUUCGUGGUGGACAGCAACGAUCGAGAACGUGUGAAUGAGGCCCGCGAGGAGCUCAUGCGCAUGUUGGCUGAGGAUGAGCUGCGGGACGCUGUCCUCCUGGUGUUUGCCAACAAGCAGGACCUCCCCAACGCCAUGAACGCGGCUGAGAUCACGGAUAAGCUGGGGCUGCACUCUCUCCGCCACAGGAACUGGUACAUUCAGGCCACCUGCGCCACCAGCGGGGAUGGGCUCUAUGAGGGACUGGACUGGUUGUCCAAUCAGCUCCGGAACCAGAAGUGAGCCCUGCACUCCCCUCUCACCCCCGCUUUCUCUCAUGUGGCAACGUGCGGCUCUGUGGUGUGAGUGCCGGAAGCUGCCUCCGUGGCUGGUGCCGUGUGCAUCGCGCUGUAAAUGUGCAGACGCAGCCUGGCCGGCUUUUUAUUUAAUGUAAAUAGUUUCUGUUCCACGAGGCAGUUUCUGGUACUCCUAUGCAAUAUUACUCAGCUUUUUUUAUUGU